GAUGAAGGCUUGCAAAAACCAUGACGAAAUGGACGAGCUACAGUUCCGGGUCGAGGAACUGAGGUCGAGGAUGCAACUGCUGGAGACACAGAUCAGCUGCAACAUGAUGGACCAGGAGACCUACAGGAGGAAACUGCAGCUGGCCAUCAGGCAGGAGGAGGGGCGUGCCAAGAAGCUGCUGAAGAAACAGGACAAGUCAGGGGCACAGGACGCGCUGAAGAGAAUUCAACUCAUGAAGGAGGAGCUCGCUGCCCAGUGAAGAGACCUUGCGCUCCUUGAGAUGCUUCUUCUGACCUGUCUGUCUUGCUGAUGCUGGUUGACUGCUGUCGGAGCAACUUGUCUCUUUGAAGUCUCGUAUUCUUUCAUUGUGCUUUACGUUGAUUUACAUGAUACACUCGCUGAUACUAAAGAAUAGCAAAGCAG